AUGACCGAGGUCGCGGAGCAGAACGGGGGCGCCCCGGGGGCCCAGGGCCCGCCGGACGUGCGGGAGCCGCAGGUGGGGGGCGCGGAGCCGGAGGCGGAGCGGGAGGAGGCCAGCACGGACGCCCCGGAGGCGCUGGGGGCCGAGGGGGCGGGCGCAGCCGCGACAGCAGCGGGGCAGGAGGAAGGAGGCGCCUCUCCGGACGGAGGGAGCGGGACCGGCCACCCAGGAAGCGGGACACCGGGAGCCGAGGGUUCCCAGGCCGAGGCCGAGGCGGGCGAGGGCGCCCCGGAGGAGGCGCAGGGCGGGGAGCGGGUGCAGGUGCAGGAGGCGAGCCUCGGAGAAGCUCCGGGGGAGCCCGGGGAGCUCGGGGAGCCCGGGGAGCCGGAGAGCGUGUCCGAGGGUCCGGGAGAGCGCGCGCCCGGGGUGGACAUGGACUCGGAGGGGUCCGCGGGGUCCGGCGGAGUCGCCGAGGGGCCGUACGAGGAGGGCGAGCCCGGGGACGCGGGAGAUCUCCGUCCCCAGCCCCAAAGCCAGGCGACCGAGGAGGAGGAGGAGAAGGAAGAGGAGGAAGUGGUGGCAGAGCGCGCAGCGGGGGACGCGCCCGAGGAGCUUUCGGGGGCUGCGGACGGGGAGGGCACGCCCGAGAAGGAGGAGGAGAAGGAGGAGAUGCCUCCCGAGCGCAGCCCCGACGGGGAGGACGCGGCUGCUGAGCCUGAGGCGCAAGUCAGCAACCACUUGGCGGAGGAGCGCCCCGGGGAGUCCGCGCCGGCCAACGGGCCCCGGGCAGAGGACAACGGGGCGCAGGAGGAGGGCGCUCCCGGCCAGGAACACGACAUCACCCUCUUCGUGAAGGCUGGCUAUGAUGGUGAGAGUAUUGGAAAUUGCCCGUUUUCUCAGCGUCUCUUCAUGAUCCUUUGGCUAAAAGGUGUUAUAUUUAAUGUGACAACAGUGGACCUAAAAAGGAAGCCCGCUGACCUUCAGAACCUGGCUCCGGGAACCAACCCCCCCUUCAUGACUUUUGAUGGUGAAGUGAAGACAGACGUGAACAAGAUCGAGGAGUUCUUAGAGGAGAAGCUGACUCCCCCGAGAUAUCCUAAGCUGGGCACCCAACACCCAGAAUCGAACUCAGCAGGAAAUGAUGUGUUUGCCAAAUUUUCAGCAUUUAUUAAAAAUACCAAGAAGGAUGCAAAUGAGAUUUAUGAGAAGAACCUGCUAAGGGCCCUGAAGAAGCUGGAUAAUUACUUAAACAGUCCUCUGCCUGAUGAAAUAGAUGCCUACAGCCCCGAGGAUGCGACUGUUUCUGGGCGGAAGUUUCUGGAUGGGAAUGAGCUCACGCUAGCCGACUGUAACCUCCUCCCCAAACUCCAUAUCAUUAAGAUCGUGGCAAAGCGAUACCGAGAUUUUGAAUUUCCCACGGAAAUGACGGGCAUCUGGAGAUACUUGAACAAUGCGUAUGCUAGGGAUGAGUUCACAAACACGUGUCCAGCCGACCAGGAGAUCGAACAUGCCUAUUCAGAUGUUGCAAAAAGAAUGAAGUAAAGCCAGGGGAUGUUUUCUGUCCUUUUUCUCAGUUGUAUGAGCUAGGCUCUAAAAGAAGUAUUUUCUUUAUGCUGUUUCCCCCCCAAAAUAUCCAUUGCAAAAGAAUGCCCAUAUUUUAACAAUUAGUCAUUCUUAGUGGGCUACACUAAAGAAACAAUGAUACAGGCCUUAUAAUUUGUUAACUCAUGUGUGUGUUGGAAUAAUUCCAAUAGCUAUUGUUAUAUGCACCAAUAGGCUGAUGGUAAUGUAUGCCUUUGGCAAUCAUGGGUGGAGAUCCACACUAUUUAGGACAUGAGCGUGGUCAUUUAAGUUUCAGAGCUAAUUAGGUUUGGGUUCAAAUUUCUCCUUUAAUUAAAAAAAAAGCAACUAUCUCUGAUAGUUUUCAUAAUCAUGCCUAGUCUGUUUGUCUCCUCUAAAAAGGUAGUUUAGUUAUUUUGAGAAUGAAAAACUACUUAAUGAUAAAAUGAUGCAUUUUGAUAUUUUAAAUAUUUUAAAACCAGUGUCAGAGUGUAACUAAAAGGAGGGAAGAAAAAACCAUCACCCACAGAUUCGCUAAUUAGAUAACUCCUAGAAACUCAUUGGUAAAUGUCUUUUAAAUCUGUCUCUCACACCAAUUUUGUUGUGAUAUUGUAUCACUUUGGAAAGGCUGGUGAGGGAACCAGCUUACUGUGCCUUCAUAAUCAUCUGUAGAGGACUUAGAGCGCUCCCAUUCAGCCGGACUUAAGGCGAAACUUGUGAGUUGGAUUCACAGGGAACAGAUUUGUAGGGUCCACAGAUGUUCGAGACCCUAGGAACUGACAGGAACUGGAAGCUGGAGGCAGACAGCCCACUCUCUGCCUUGUUCUCUCUACCUCCACCGUGCCACAGGGGCGGUAACGGAGGAGAGUGUCUUCCUGUGUCCCUUACACUGACUCCUUUUCCAGCGUCCCCUCUUGCUUCCUCUCCUCUCUUGGACAUCAUGCUUGCCUUCAAGAGGACACUUAC